AUGGAAGCCAGGGGCACGGGCAGGGCUCGGGGUUACCUGGGAACCGCGGCCGCAGCGCCCGCGGCGCUGCUGUUCCAGCUUCAGUUGCGUGGAGACCGCGAUCCUCGAUUCCCGAGAGAGAAGCUCAACAGGAAUGAGGCCAGUGCUGGGGAGAGUAGUCUGCCCAGAAUUGGCCCAUUUCUACCCACGAGUGAGACUGGUCAGAAGUUGUUGCCAGUUCUCCCGAAACAGAGCUUGUUUCGUGUUUCCCCACCAGAGCUGGUGUUUCAGAACUUCGUGGCUCAUGAAGUCUCUGAAAUGGAACUGUCUCUCACAAAUGAGAGCAAGUGUGUUCAGCUGGUGCAGGUCUCCAUGCAGAGCUCACCUUGUUUCAGGCUGGUGUGCCCCAACGAGGCGUACCGUGCUGUGCCGCGAGGUGCGACUGCCCGUGUGCGCAUUCAGUUCACCCCCAACGAGAGCAAGGAUUAUUCCCAUGAGCUUGUCUGCAUGACUAAAACAGAAAGGAUAGUUGUGCCAAUCCGGGCCAUUGCUGCCCGAGCUAUCCUGAACAUCCCAGACCAGCUGAACUUCUCGGAGUGUCCAGUCAAGAGCAGCACCAAGAGGACUCUGCUGCUUCGAAACACUGGCAGCCUGGAGGCUCAUUACUACAUCAGCACCCAGAGUCCUUUCUCCGUGGUUCCGGCCAUGGGAACUCUGGGUGCUGGUGACAGCGUGCAGGUGACAGUGGGAUUUCACCCACUGACCACUGGUGCCCAUUUUGGGUCCAUGGUAGUGAGCUACAACACAGGUGAAGAAAUGAUCCACACAAACCUUCAGGGAGAAGCUGUAGAUGUCAGCAUCGGGUUGAGGACGUAUUCCGUGGAGCUGAAGAAGACUUUCAUCACCACAUCAAGCCACACAACCAUGUUCAUCGAGAACAGGAGUAACAUCAGAGCCCAGUUCCAGUGGAAGACUUUUCCUAAUGAGGAAGAUGAGAAUGAAGAGAAGAGGAGGCAGUGUUACCUGCUGCGAUCACCGAGAGAGGCCUGCGUGGACAACACGACGGAAGAGAGAAGAAGAGCGAAGAAGAAGGGUUCCUGUGAAGAUCGCCGCGCCAUCCUGAAGAGCAGCGUCCGGGAGAAGAUGAUGAAGCUGAAAGAAGACCCCAUGCUAUUCUCCAGUGAUGCUUUUUCCCUUGAGCCAAUGGAGGGAGAGAUCGAGCCAAACAGUUCAGUCCAAAUCAAGGUGACCUUUAAACCCCUAAAGGCCCGAGAGUAUCGAAGUGUGGCCUACUGCAACAUCUCAGGCCGUGGGAGCAGGCUGCCCCUGCACCUCAGAGGGGAAGGCCAAGGACCCGUGGUUGAAUUCAGCCGUCAAAUGCUGAAACUUGGGAACAUUUCUGUCAACACCUCCCACGUCUAUGAGGUGAAACUGAUGAACCGAGGAGCUAUAGAUGCUCCCUUCACCUAUAUCCCUUCAGCCACAAACGUGGGCUGCUGCUUCAAGUUUGCACCCGAGGAGGGCGUCAUUGCAGCAGGUGGGAUCCGGACGAUUCACAUCUCCUUCAAUGCCACCGUCCUGGGGAGCUUUGAGGAACAAUUCCAGUUCCGUGUGGCUGCAUCUCCUACGCCUGUGACCCUGACAGUCUGGGGCUGUGUCACUGGACCUGCUUUACACUUCGACCUCCAUGAGCUCCACUUCGGUGACAUCUCCUUUGGCUUUCCCCGCACCAUGACCUGUCGCCUCACUAACACCUCCCCGGUGGCCGUGACAUUCAAGCUCCGCAUGUCGGACGAUGGCACGCAGCCUGCUGUCAGUAGCUUGGAUCAGAUAUGCAAGGACAGUGACCCAUCCUGGAGGAAGGGAAUUCAUUUCUAUGUGGAGCCAAGGGAGUUUACAAUGAAUCCCAGCCAAGGGACCAUCCUCCCCCAGGGACACCAGGAUAUCGAGGUGACCCUGUGCUCCAACACGGUGAUGGAAUACUACCGGAAAAUGCUGGUGGAGCUGGUGGGCCUGGAGGGUGUUGGCAAGGAAGUGGCAUCACUGAUCAUCACAGCCAGAUGUCUGGUUCCUGAGCUGCAAGUGUACCCCCAAAUCAUGCGCUGCAAUCAGUGCCACCUGAAGGAGCCAUACGAGAAGAAGUUCAUCAUCACCAAUAAAACUGACCUUCCUGGCUGCUACGGGCUUAUUCCCCAGAAACGCAAGGAGGACUCUCCUGUGUUGUACUCCAGCCCCAAACCCUGUGGCAUUGUCCAGCCUCACAGCACUGCAGAGAUUCCGGUUACAAUCGAGGUGCAAACAUUGGGCGAUCAUCGCACCAAUGUUCUGAUCGGCGUGUUUGGGGAUGAAAGAAACCCACUGGCUGAAAAACCCCAGUGCUUUGUUCUUGAAACGGAAGAAGGAGUGAUCCCCGCUAGGGGUGAGGUUCCUGUGACUGUCACAGCCAUCCUGGAUGACACUGGGCAUUUUGCUGACUCCAUCCAGCUCUUCAUUGGGAACAGCUUUUGCUUCAGCUUCUUACUGAGGGCUAUGGGCACUGGCACCACAAUUGUCACAGACAAACCACUGGCCCCAGAGCUCAACUUGGGAUACCAAUUCAGCCACCUUCCCAGUACUCAUCAGUUCCAAGUAACAAACAGGGGCCACCAUUUCCAUCGGCUCUUCUGGAGCGUGGAAUGCUGGAGGCCACCCAAGAAGAAGGGCCAGAGCGUCUCAGCCCUCAGCAGCCCCAAGGCCGAAGAUGAUUUGGAGCCCCCCGGUCGUACAAGCGCCGUGUUCGGGCUGGAGCCAGGCUCAUGGGAGCUGCAGCCAGGCGAGUCUGUGGACAUGGUGCUGCGAGGCUUCUCCCACACCCCACAGGAGGUGCGGGAUUACAUGAAGUGUGAAGCUGUGGUUGGCACAAGCGUGGUGACAAAGAAGAUAAUAGAGACGAUCAUUAGCUGCAAGUUCAUAGAUCCCUCUAUAGAAGUAUCAGCCAGAAAACUCUCUUUCCGGGUGGAGAAGAAACCCAGUGAUGUCCUAACUCUGCAGUACCAGCCUUUGGCUUUAAAAAACACCUGCUCCCUGCCGCUCCACCUCGUGCUGGACGUGGAGCAGCCGUUUCUGGUCUGUGAUGAGGAGCAGCAGCCCCUCCCAGAUGGCCAGCCUGUGACAGUGGGUGUAGAGGAGACCUGCCAUGUCUACAUCGCAUUUGACCCAGCUUACAAACUGGAGCUUAACAGCUGGCAAGAAAAGAAGAUUCUGAAGAUAGACAUGGUUAGGGACCAUCCUAAUGUGGAGCAUAUCGAGCUUUGGGGAGAAGUCCACUUCCCCAAUCUCCAAAUCCAGCCCAGCAGCCUGGAGUUUGGCUGCAUCGUGGCUGGCACGGAAGCAGUGCGCUCUCUGAGGAUGAGCAACUGCAGCCCCCUUCCUGUGGAGUACCACUGGUCAUUCCAGGCAGACAGCCAGGUGCACAAGUUCAGGCAUUACAUCCCAGUGGGGCUGGCAGGAUUCAGUCACUCCGUGGAUGUACCAUGGACUCCCCUCAAAGUGGAGAAGGCUUUCAGUAUCCUGCCGCUGUCGGGUGUGCUGCAGCCGGGAGAGAGACAGCAGGUCUCCUUCACCUUCACUGGCCACCUCAACACCAUGGCCCAUGUCACAGCGCUGUGCCACGUGGAGGGAGGCCCCACCUACGAGGUGAAGCUGAGCGGGGAGGCCUCACGUGUCAGCUACUCCCUGAGCGCCCGGGAGAUCAACUGCGGCUCCCAGAUGUUUAACGAAGUUCAUCACAGCACGGUCAUCCUGGCGAACACCAGCAAGAUUAAAUUCAACUGGGUGCUAGAACCCAGCACUGCAGACCAAGACCUGCCUGGUGUGUUUCUGGUCAAGCCCACCACUGGCUCCAUUGCAUGUGGCAGGAAGCAAGUGCUGAGAUUCUCUUACAUGCCAGGAGUACCAGGAGCCUUUAGCAGGACAUACCAGCUUAAAGUGGGUGACCUGGAGCCGGAAAAGAUCUGCCUGAAAGGAGAAGCGUCCUUUCCUAUGAUCAGUGUGAACCUGCCCUGGAACAUCAAAGGAAAUGAGAAAUGUGGAAAGCCACUACGGCUUGCAGAACACACGCAGCAAUACAGUGAGACCCUGAAAAUUCAGAUCCCAGCAGCUCAGCCCUUAAAAAGUCCAGAUGUGAAGACUGGGAAGCUGAAGCCCUGCAUGCUGGAAGGCUCUGACAUUGUAGCAAACACUCGGCUGCAGAUAAAGAUGAUCGAGAAGGCUGCUCUGGAGCUGCAGAAAAAGCUCACAUCCCAUCCCCCAAAGACCGAGUUCCCUGACAAAAAGCUGUGCCAGAGCCUUGUCAAAGUUGAGCUGCCAGAGUAUGUCCUGGACAUGGGCACUGUCCUGAAGGGUUUCACUGAGAGACGCACCCUGGAGAUCACCAACCCUGGGCAGAUCCCAGUGUCCUUCUGGGUCGAUGCAUCUGUCCUGCAGGACACAGGUUUCAGCGUGGACCUGGGCCAGAUGAAGAGUCUGCCCCACAUGCACACCCUGAGGUUUGAUGUGCAUUUUGAAAGUGCCCAGCAACCACAGGGUGACGUGGAUGUGCUGCUGCCCAUACAGGUAACAAAAGGCCCCACGUCUCACAUCCGCCUCCGUGCCACUGUCUUGGAACUGUCGCUCGACCUCUCCCAGAACACACUGCACUUCCCCAAUGUCCUCGUUGGGCAGUGCCAGGUUGAGACAGUCCAGCUCUACAACGGGUUCCAAGUGCCCUGCAAAUGGUUCAUCACUGCCAUCAAGCCUGUUACGAAGGUAAAGCACAGCAAUCAACUCAGAUACCUGACACGAGCCCAGGGUCAGAAGCAGCAGGCGCUGGAGGAAGGGCGCUGUCCCUUUGAAGUGACGCCCUCCAAAGGAACCCUUGAUGCAGGAGCGUGGCAGAACUUGCAAAUCCAGUUUGCACCCAAGGAGGAGAGGUCUUACAAGUAUGAACUGAAGCUUAACAUUCAUGGGAGCAGCAGUCACUUAAGGCUGAACCUCUCGGGGCAAGGUCUGGAGCCACGGCUGGAGUUCAGUCCCCCAGCACUAAAGAUGGGAUGGGUGCUGGUGGACAGCGAUGGGGUGGAGGCCACAGUGCUGGUGAAGAACCCAUGCGAAUUCCCCAUCGAGUUUUACUGCCUGGAUUUGGAUGAGCAGUACCUUGAGGAGGAGAAGAUGCUGAGGCAUCUGGGACUGCAUCCCCAAGGGCCUCCCCUUCCCCCUGCUGCUGUCCUCUCCAGAGUUGACUGCCCAGAGGAGCAGCUGGGCUCUGCAGAGCAUGUGAAGCCCUUCACCAUUGUUACACCUGAAGACAAUCUGGCCAGGACCCCAGAUGAGAAGGGCAGUUCUGCUGAGGGCCAGCCAAAGACAGGUAAAGCAGUGAGCAGAGACAAGUCUCCAAAGGGGAACCAAAUAUCUACAGAGAGAACAGAAAGUCCCUGGGAAUCCUCCAGCACAAGAUCCAAAAGUACACUGGAAAGUGCCUCCAUCCCCACAGAAUUCCUCAGGCUGAAACGGUACCGGUGGACAGUGCCUGCCCUGGGUGAGGUGGAACUGAAGGUCCACUUCUCCACCAAAAAGCCAGGGAAGUUUGAGCAGACGCUGAGGUUUGAGCUGGUGGGGACAAAGCGGCAGUACGAGCUGCCCUGCAGUGGCACCGGCCUGUACCCCAGCAUCAGCCAGAACCCACGGCUGGUGUUUCCACAGUGGAGGAAGACCAUGAAGGAAGGUGAAAUCAUCUUCAAGGAAUAUGUUGAGAGCACCAAGCAAUUCCACUUUGGACCGCUGCUGUGUGGGAAAUCAAGAGAGUGGUACAAGGCUCAGAACUGUCCUGGCAACUCGGAGAAUAUAACCAUCCUCAACAACUCCCCCAUGGACGUAGAGGUCCAGUUCUCCUUUGAGGAUGAUGAGAAAGCAGAGACCUUCCUUCUGGACCCUCCCAGCAUGACCCUGAAACCAAAGAAGAAGCAGGAGCUGACCAUUUGGGCAUACCCCACUUCCCCUGGCUUCCUGGAAGACAAACUCAUCUGCUGCAUUAACAAGAAUCCAGAGCCAGUGGUCUUCAGCCUGUGCUGCCAUGGGGUGCACGUGAAGCUGGAGGUCAGCCCCCUGGAGCUGUCUUUUGGCAAGCUGCUUCUGCACAGGACUGACAGCAGGACCUUGGUCCUGAAAAACAACACCCUACUGCCCAUGGCCUGGCAGCUCAGUGGGCUGGAUGACCUUGUUGAGGACUUCUCACUGUCACAAGAUAACGGCACCAUUGAUCCCCGCUCAGAGAUUGAAGUGACAGUGAAUUUCAAGGCCCAGCAGAUUGGCACCAUUGAGAAGAGCCUUCGACUCGAGGUUUCAGAUACAGAAAACAUCCUGGGGAUUGUUCAGGUUGAAAACAUCAAACUGUCUGCAGAGGUGUAUGAUGUUCUCCUGAGCAUGGUCCUGCCUGAAGAUGGAACCUUGGAUUUUGGAACCAUCAAUGUCCGGGAUAAUGUGAAGAACAUCCUGACUCUAACAAACAAAGGGAUGUACAACAUCGAGUACAGAUUGAUGCUGAAGGGUGCAGGUCCCAGGAUGCGAGACUUGGCGUCCCACUUCACUGUCAAGCCUCAGUCGGGCAAGCUGAUCGCCUCCCAGCCUGGUGUGAAUAUUGAGAUAUUCUUCCACCCCACAAGGGAAAUCCUCCUCAAGAACAGCCCCAUCCUGUACUGCCAGGUGAUAGAUGCCAUCUCAGGGGAAGGAGGCCAGACUGUCGCCAGCAUCCCAGUGAGGGUGUCAGCAAGAGCUGCCUACAGCAAGUUCAGUAUUGAGCCUGCCUCACCCAUCAGUUUCGGUGCCAUGAUGAAGGGCAGCAAGAAGAGCCAGACUGUCGUGCUGGAGAACACAGGCGUGAUCAGCUUCAAAUUCCGCAUCCACCGAGCAACCGAGGAUGAAUCUCCUUUGGAAAGCAAAAGUUCAAAGCAAGGGGAGUCUGUUCCAUCAGCUAGAAAGUGCUCAGCGGGAAGGAAAUCAAGCUUGCCACAGGGUCAGCUCAAUGUGGGCAUGUUCACGGUGUCCCCGUGCUCCGGCUCCAUCGCUCCGUGGGGCCAGCAGCAGAUCACGGUGGAGUGCCUCGCAGGGCAGGAGGGGACUUGUGAGGAGCAGCUCUACAUUGACAUCGUGGGCAGAGAGCCCAGGGACAAUCCCCUCGGCAUUCCCUUUACCCUGACUGUCGAGUCCUGCCUGCCAGCAUUUGCUGAGGAUGCCAUGUUAAUCUUCGAUGAGUACCCGAUCUGCAGCAGCACUGACCUCAGCCACAAGCUGCUCUCUGUGCACGGUGUGGGCCUGUUUGUGAGAGAUGACAACAAGUUCAUCUUCAACAAGAUUCUGGUUGGGCAAGAGGCUGAAGCCCAUUUCAACAUCUACAACACAACUGGUCUGCCGUGUGACGUGGUCCUCUCCAUCAACCCCCUGCCUGGACAGGAAAAAGGCCCUAUCACCAUUUUCAAGUUGCAUCCUGUCCAGAUGUCCAUUCCCGGCUCAUCCCACGCUGUUGCUACAGUGACCUUCACCCCACCAGACGAGCAGAACUACGACUGCACUUUUAAGGCUUCCCUUGUCAUCCCCAAACGCUCUGUGAAAAUCAAGCCCCAAACCCUGAGCUUCACCAUCAGUGGGAGGGGGCACGAGCCGCAGGUGACAGUCGUGUGCCCAAGAGCUCGCAGCAAGAGAGGAAAUGCCGUGCUGCGCUUCCAGAGGCUCCAGCUGGGGGAUUUAGAGAUGCUCCCCCUGGUCGUCCGUAACAACGGCAUCGUACCUGUCAAGUUUAUGUUACACCUGGAGGAUGAGCAUGGAGCAUUCUUCUUGAAAGCCAGGCGCUCCACACUGGAGAGAUUCCACACUGAAGAUGUGGGAGAGGACUCUGUUGGAAAUGAGAGCAAGCCCCCAAAGAAGCCUCUCCUGCUUCUGCAUCGUGGGCAAUCGGCAGAGUUUGAUGUCAUUUUCGAUCCCACCCUGGCUCGACGUGUGGAAGGGAAGAUCCGUGUUUUAGUGGGGGACACCUACACUGACAAGACCCUGAUAGAGCUGGUGGGUGAAGGCCACAAGGAUGAAUUCACCCUCAACUGUCUAGAGGAAGACCCACAGUUGAGGAAUGAUAAGAGCAGUUGGAACAAAGACAUCAUUGAUGCUGUCAGACUGAACCACAUCCAGUUUGGGGACUGUCCUGUUGGGAAGCCCUGCCACAGGACCUUCACCAUCACCAACCACACCGGCAUGACGUUCAUGCGCUUCGAGUGGGAGGCAGACGUCCCAUUCCAGUUCUGCCCCAGGGUGGGACAUCUCCACCCUGGCUGCACCAAGGCCAUCACAGUGACCUUGAAAUCAGAUGUCCCAGCCACCUUCAGGAGGCACCUUGUGAAAUGUAAGGUGACCAAGAUCAAGUUUGAGCUGCCACCAUGGAAGGUUCCAGACUGGGACGACGAAAUGUGCAUUGUCUUGUGGAAGGACAUCACCGGGAAGGACCCAGCAGCCCAAUGGCCUGAAAAAGAGAAGACAGUGGAGACAAUCCCAGAACCGGCUCACACUGUGCUGAAGAAGAGCGGCCAGGAGGCCGAGCUGUACCUCAGUGCCUUGGUUGCCUACGCCCAGUUCAAACUGGACACAGUCGUGGUUCAGCUCAAGGACACCUUGCCCUUCCAGACAAGGACAGCCACUUUCAGGAUGCACAACACAGGGAAGGUGGCCCUGGAAUACUUCUGGGAGGAAGCUGCACCUGCAGAUAGUGAAGCAGUGAGGAUGCCAUAUUCAACCUCUCUGAUGUGUCAGCUCAGCUCUGCUCCUGUUGUAAGGCAGCGCAGAAAGCUGGUGCUUCGUUUCCAGAGGGAGCAGGACCAUCCUUUUGAGACGCAUCCUUCUGAGCUGCGGCGCCUACAGUGGCUUGCCAAGGAGCAGCAAGAUUCCGAGCAGGAACAGCUGCAGGAUUCCGAGCAGGAACAGCCAGAUUCUGACCAGGAGCAGCUUUCUGAGGAAGAGCAGCUGGAUGCCAAGCAGAAGCAGCGUUCCAAGAAGCGGUGCCGCUCCAAGGAACGGAGUCUCUCCCCGCAGCGUGCCACUUCCUCCCUGGAAGUCCUCCCAGAUGUCACCCAUGACCAGUCACUGUUCUCCAUCAACCCCAACUUCGGCACCAUCACUCCUGGCCAGAAGAAGACCUUUCAUGUGCUGUUCUCGCCAAAGGAUGUGGGGAACUUUGAGACCACCAUGCAGUGCAGCAUUCCUAACCUGGAGCAGACUCACAGGACGGUGCAGGUGGUUCUGAAAGGCAGAGCCCGGGAGUGGAAGCGUUUUGGAAAACCAAAAUGCUCUGCCUUACAGCAGACAGACGAAGGCCAGAGACACAAGAAGCAGCUGCACUGGCAACCAACACCAGAGUGA